UGAAAGGGAGCGUCUGUCCAAUGAGGCGCCGCCGUCCUGUCUCGUCCUGCCUGCCCCCUCGCCGCUUUCCCACCGCGGAGGAGGGCUUUUUAAUCCAAAUGGAUUAUGUGGCAAAUUGGACGAGCUGUUGCAAAAUCUCCAGCGGGACACCGCCCUCUCGCUGGCUGGGCCGCCGGCUGAUGUCGUGAGGUAGAACCUGGAAGAACCCGGAAGAAGAAGCAGUAGCAGGGAACGACCUCUAAUCGGUGUUGGGUGUGCCUCGGGGCUACGAACAGUUCCCAAACGAGAAUCGACAACCGGGUCAGCAGGUAGCCGGGACGCAGCGGCUUUCGAAGCAACUAUCAGACCCAGUUGGACGUUGGAACCACCCGGGGACGAGGGUUGCGGGCCUCGAGGAGGAUGGCAAUGAGCCUUGAUGAGGACCCUGAAGAAGCAAAAACUUGAUGAGGAGAAACAAGCCGGAGCCCUCGUGAGGAGGCGUCGUCCGUCCUCUUCAAGUCCUCCCGACGAAAGCCGCGUGGUCUUCCCCGAGUGAGUCAGGAAGCAGGAUGAAGAGCGGGUCCAAACUGCAGCGAGUUGCGGGAUUCUUCCUGCUGUGGAUCGGCGUUCAAGCUCAGCUGAAGAUACCGCCAGAGACUGUGCAGCAGUGGGCGUCCAUUUUCUCAUCACGGCUUCGAGAGCUUUCCACCAAGUAUUCGGGAUCGCUACUUCUCCAAAAGAAACUAAAGGACGUGGAGUCCAUCAUCAAGGUGGUUGAGGUGGACGGAAACGAUCUGGUCAAGGAUUACGCGGACCAGAUUGAACGCAUGCUGGGCAGCAAAAUGAAGUCUGUCAAGAGGCUUGCCGAGUCGGCGGAAGAUGCUGACCUCUACCACGAUUUCAACGCUUCCUUAGAGUUUGACUACUACAACUCGAUGCUUAUCAACACGGUGGACGAGGACGGCAACUCCGUGGAGCUGGGCGGCGAGUUCCCGCUGGAGGAGAACGAGCACUUCAACAAGUUGCCCGUCAACACCCAGCAGAGCACCGUCCAGGUGCCCACCAACGUCUACAACAAAGACCCCAACAUCCUCAACGCCGUCUACAAUUCGGAGGCCCUCAACGACGUCUUUGUGGGAAACUUUCUCAAGGACCCCACGCUGACCUGGCAGUACUUCGGCAGCUCCGCCGGUUUCUUCCGGAUCUACCCUGGCAUCAAAUGGACGCCGGACAGCAACGGCGUGGCCACCUUCGACUGCAGGAACCGGAACUGGUACAUCCAGGCGGCCACGUCGCCCAAGGACAUCAUCAUCAUGGUGGACAUCAGCGGCAGCAUGAAGGGCUUGAAGAUGACCAUCGCCAAGCACACCAUCAACACCAUCCUCGACACGCUGGGAGAGAACGAUUUUGUCAACGUCAUCGCCUACACGGAUUACGUGCGCUACGUGGAGCCCUGCUUCAAAGGAACUUUGGUCCAAGCUGACCUGGACAACAGGGAGCAUUUCAAGUUGCUGGUGGAGGAGCUUCACGUCAAAGGAGAAGCAAAGCUCAAGAACGCCAUGAAAGAAUCCUUCAAGAUUCUCAAUGAGGCUCGUGUUUUGGGUCAGGGCAGCAUGUGCAACCAGGCCAUCAUGCUAAUCACGGACGGCGCCAUGGAGGACUUUGAGUCGGUCUUUGAGGAGUUCAACUGGCCUGAGCGCAGGGUGCGCGUCUUCACAUACUUGAUUGGCCGAGAGAUGACGUUCGCCCAAAACACCAAGUGGAUCGCCUGCAACAACAAAGGCUACUACACGCACGUGUCGACGCUGGCCGACGUGCAGGAGAACGUGAUGGAGUACCUGCACGUGCUGAGUCGGCCCAUGGUCAUCAACCACGACCACGACAUCAUCUGGACCGAAGCCUACAUGGACACCGUGCUUCCCAAUACCGACGAGCUUUUCAGCACCAAGGCGCAAAGUCUGCUGCUGAUGACAUCGGUGGCCAUGCCGGUCUUCAGCAAGAAGAAGGAGACGCUGUCGCACGGGAUCCUUCUGGGCGUGGUGGGCACCGACGUUCCCCUCAUGGAGGUGAUGAGGCUGGCGCCCCGCUACAUGCUGGGCGCUCACGGCUACGCCUUCCUCGUCACCAACAACGGCUACAUCCUGGCGCACCCUGACCUCCGACCUCUGUACAAGGACGGCAAGAAGCUGAAGCCCAAGCCCAACUACAACAGCGUGGAUCUGUCCGAGGUGGAGUGGGAGGACGCCGACGAGACGCUGCGGACGGCCAUGGUGAGGGGCGAGACGGGAAGGCACACGCUGAAGAUCCGCGCCUCGGUGGAGAACGGGAGGAGACCUCUUUUCCUGGUCAACGAAUAUUUCUACACAAACAUUGACGACACUCCCUUCAGCUUUGGCAUGGUGUUGACCCGAGGUCACGGGCAGCUCAUGUUCCUGGGAAACGUCUCUGUGGAAGAAGGGCUUCAUGACCUGACCUCCCCCGACCUCAGCAUCGCGUCCGAGUGGACGUACUGCGAGACGGACAUCGACCCCGCUCACCGCAAGUACUCGCAGCUGCAGGCGGCCAUUCGCUACCUGCUGGGCAAGGAGCCCGACUUGGAGUGCGACGAGCUUCUGCUGCAGCAAACUUUGUUUGACGCGGUGGUGACGGCGCCCAUGGAGGCUUACUGGAACGCCGUCGCGCUGGACGACAGGGUGGAGCCCGGCAUGGAGGCGGCCUUCCUGGGCACGCGCGCAGGCCUGAUGAGGAUCAUGAGAUACGCCGGCGCGGAGACACGUGUGGCAAAAAAGUUCCUGACCCCCUCGGACAAGGCCAACCUCUUCACGGUGGACCACUUCCCACUGUGGUACCGACUGGCGGCGGAGAACCCGCCGGGAAGCUUCUUCUACUACCCCGUCAGCGACAAAGGCGCCAAGUACAUCGUCGGCACCACGUCGGUCACCGUAUCUGCGCAAGGCAAGACGGCCAUGGCUGGAGCCGUGGGCCUCCAGAUGUCCUUGGACUUACUGGAGAAGACUUUCUGGGCCAUUACCAAGCAGCCAAGCGACACAGACUGUUCCAACGUGGACGGCGUGUGUCCCCUUAGCUGUGAACGUGACGAUCUGAGGUGUCUGCUGGUGGACAAUCACGGUUUCAUCCUGUUGUCCAAGGAGACCAAGGAGGUUGGUCGGUUCAUGGGCGAAGUGGACGGCGCCGUCAUGGCGAUGCUGAUCAAGAUGGGCAUGUAUAAAAAAGUGUCGCUGUUUGACUACCAGGCCAUGUGCAAGAACAGCCAUCACCACGCCAGCAGCGCUCCGAGGCCUCUGCUCAGCCCUUUCUACAAUCUGGCAGCCAUCCUUCGAUGGAUCUUUUCCAAUGUGCUCAUGUUCGUGUUGGACUUCAACCUGUGCGGUUUGUGGCACUCGGAUUAUUUGGUGGACGCCAAGGCUGGCUAUCACACCAGUCACAAGCAGAAGAAGGUGGAUGCUCUGGUUCCAUGCGAGACGGCCUAUCCCGGCUUCACGUCCGAGCCGUCCGUCAAGGAGGCAAACAGCAUCAUUAAAUGUGGACGUUGCCAGAAGAUGUUUGUAGUGCAGCGGGUCCCGGACAGCAACUUGCUGGUGGUGGUGACGGAGGCCAACUGCGACUGUUCCCGCCAGUACGGCGCCAUCCCGCUGGAGCCCAAAGAGAUCAAAUAUAACGCCACGGUCAAGUGCAAGCGGAUGAAGUCGCAGAAAGUACGCCGGCGCCCCGAGUCUUGCCACGCUUACCACCCCAAGGAAAACGCCAAGGACUGCGGGGGCGCGUCCACCAUCUCCCUGUCGAUCGGGCUUUUCGCCAGCAGCCUGCUGCUUUCGGGGACGCUCCUCUUGAUGACGUAACGAUGACACGCGGCCAAUCGGCUUGGUGGAUCCAGACAACCUCGGCUUCACCCCCAUCAAGGGAUGCGAUUUUAUGGGCUGGAUGUGUCACGUUGCGAGGUGGUGGACCCCAAAAAGCAGGCAGGAGAGAGGAGCAGGGUGGAUUUGAAGAAGUGUAUUGAUAAAACACAAAAAACGAAAUCCUAAGCAAACAAAGUCCAAAGUAGCCCCCCCCCCCAAAAAAAAGCAGGUGGGUGAAUCCACAGGAGGGCAAGUAUGUGGCAGUUGUUCCACUGUAUAUAUAUUUUAUUUUUUCUUGUAAUUGCUUUAUGCAAACCAUUUUGAAAAACGCCGUGAAUAAAAACAAUUUACCGAUAUCGUCAAAUGAAA